GUGACGUAUGGUUCUGCUGUUCUGCAAUCAGACGGAGGGUGGAGAGGUGUGUGCACCACAUUACUGAACAUCGACCGCAUUCAUUGCUGUGAAGCGUGCACGAUACGGAGGACCAUGAGUCGCAGCAGGCUUUAUUUACAACUGUGAUCAUGUCGUUUUUAUUCCGGAGGUUUGAGAGCCACGUAUCACCGAACCCUGGACCGGAUCGAGUUAAUGCUACCGCCAAAAUUAAGACCUCUCUACAGUCACCCUGCUGGGCCGAAGACCGUUUUCUUCUGGGCACCUGUUUUCAAAUGGGGUUUAGUCGUGGCUGGAUUCUCUGAUAUGACCCGGCCAGCAGAAAAGCUCAGCUUGUCCCAGUCCUGCGUCAUUACAGCCACAGGAUUUAUUUGGUCAAGGUACUGCUUGGUCAUCAUCCCUAAAAUCUGGGCUCUGUUUGCUGUUAACUUCUUUCUAGGGAUAUGUGGCAGCAUCCAGCUCUUCAGAAUAUGGAGGUACAACCAGCAGCUGAAAGGAGAGGAAGUACAGCAGUCUUAAAGUGCAGCUGCCUGCGAUCAGAGCGGAGACUUUCUUCAGUGUGUGGCUGAGUACUGAUGAAGAAUGUGCCUUGCUUUGUCUUUUUCUGUUACUGUAAAAGCCAUUAAGGAGCAUUUUGCACAAAUUACUUUUUCCAAUGAACAAAUCAGACCUUUUCUAUGUGUGAAGUUAAAGGAGUAGUUCACUUCAAAACUCCCCCCAUCGACUUUCCACAGUCAUUUUUAUCCCUACUAUGGAAAGUCAAGGGGGGGGGCAAAUUUUGAAAUGAAUUACUUUCCUUAAAUAAUAUUCCAGAUGUUCCCACAUAAAAUUAAAUUAUUUAAGUUUUAUGAUGGUCCUUUUAAAACUUCGAUCAUAUGUGUGUUGUUUGUACUGUAAGCUUUUUUGAUUCAUCAUUAUUAUUGAUUUCUCAGUCAGUUUUAAAGAACUCUAUUGCACAUAAUGGUUGCAAUAUUGCAACAGCUCUGUAUCAAGGAAUGGUUAAUGAAAUUAAAGUAAACUUGGAUUAAUAAAAGAAGUUUUAAAUGCAAAAACGUUCUAUUUUAAGUUCCUAUCUCCACAGCAGCCUACACACUGAGUUUACAUAGAACCUUAAGGGUCAUUUGGUGCUUCCCACUUCCACACACUCUCCACUUCUAUAUGAGGAAUCAAAGGUGCAUGACAAACACAUGCUCGCUUGUGUGCCCUCAUUCUAAAUUAGAGCCCAUAAUUCCCUUUAAACCUGAUGUCGGUAUAUUCCACAUUCUGACACUAAACUGGUCUGAGUCAAGGUGAUGAAUCAUUCGUCUGUCCUAAACCAUGUACGUCACGCUUCACUUCUGUGGCCCACACACUUGUUGGAUGUAAACAGCAAAGAGCUGGAAUUUUAUGUCUGACUGCUUACUUGUGUUACUUGUAGAAGUAACUUUCAGAGACUUUCACUAAUAUUUCAAAGUAUCCCAUCAAAUCUUUACUUCGGUUUACCUGUGUUGAUUUAGCAGAAGCUUUUUUUAACCGAGGGAUGCUAAACACUGUUCUACUGUAGUGUUAAAUUUGAUUGUCAAAAGCCAUUUUAUUUGACUGGAUUUGCUGAUUCUAAGAUUUCUGUAUGCUAGAUAAUGAUACAAUUUUUAAAAAGUUGUUGGUUUGAUAACUAAGCUUAAAAGAACAAAGAAGGUCUUGUUUUUGUGUUGAGUGCUGUCGAAUGUUUAAAAGGUGAAACCUGUUCAUGUUGUAUUGUGUUUACACAUAUAGUAAGCAGUUGUGUGCAUAAAUAAAAAAGCA